AUGUCCCGUGCUCACGUUUUUGAAUGGUUCAAACGAUUUAAAGAGGAUAGAACAAUUGUUGAAAGUGAUGAACGUGAAGGACGCCCGUCAACAAGCCGCAAUGAGGAAAUGGUUCAAAAAAUACGAACAGCAAUACGAGGUAACCGUCGUUUGACAAUUAUGGAACUUAGUAAUGAGUUUCAAAUCUCAUUCGGAUCAGUUCAAACCAUAUUGACGACUGAUUUAGAUAUGAGAAGAGUUGCAGCCAAAUUUGUUCCAAAACUGCUCUCAGAUGAGCAAAAAGAAAACAGAAAACAGAUCACCACUGAUUUGCUAGAGUGUUCCGAAUCUGAUGAAUUUUUUUUAAAAUCAAUUAUAACUGGUGACAAGACUUGGGUAUAUGGCUACGAUCCAGAAACAAAGGUACAAUCUUCGCAGUGGAAGACACCUGAUUCACCACGACCCAAAAAAGCUCGACAAGUUCGGAGUCAAGUGAAGGUUAUGUAG